GAAGAAGCAAAAACCAUCAAACCGAACAAACCAGUCGCCUUUUUUGCCCACAACGGCCCCCAGAGUUCAAAACCACCUCACUCCCCCUCCCUCUCCCUCCCCCUCUUCCUCUCUCCUCCAUCACAACCUAUUUAUACUAAACCCCCCCCAAAACCACCUCCAAAACCCACCACUUGACUCAUCGUAGCAUUCAUCUCUAACUCCGUCCAUGACUUCCUUCGGUUCUCCACCUCCCAACACUACCUCUCCCUCUCCCUCUCCUCCCAUGACCAAGAAACAAAAACCAAACCCCGAAUCGAACAACAACGGCUCCACGGCUCCGGCCGCCAGCGCCUUCCCCUCCUCUUGCGGCACUCUAGGCCGCCACCUGGCCCGGCGCCUCGCCCAGAUCGGCGUCCGCGACGUCUUCUCCGUCCCGGGCGACUUCAACCUCACCCUCCUCGACCACCUCAUCGCCGAGCCGGAGCUCAACCUCGUCGGCUGCUGCAACGAGCUCAAUGCCGGGUACGCCGCCGACGGCUACGCGCGCGCCAACGGGGUCGGGGCGUGCGUGGUGACGUUUACGGUGGGGGGAUUGAGUGUUCUGAACGCGAUCGCCGGCGCGUACAGUGAGAAUCUGCCGGUGAUUUGUGUGGUGGGUGGGCCCAACUCGAACGAUUACGGCACGAACCGGAUCCUUCAUCAUACGAUCGGGCUGCCGGAUUUUAGCCAGGAGCUCCAGUGCUUUCAGACUAUCACCUGUGCUCAGGCAGUGGUAAAUAACUUGGAGGAUGCCCAUGAGCUGAUCGAUACUGCAAUUUCAACUGCUUUAAAGGAAAGCAAGCCGGUAUAUAUCAGCAUAAGUUGUAAUUUGCCUGGAAUUCCUCAUCCAACAUUUGCUAGGGAGCCAGUCCCAUACUUCCUUGCACCAAAGCUGAGCAACCAAUUAGGACUAGAGGCUGCAGUGGAAGCGACAGCUGAGUUUCUAAACAAGGCUGUGAAACCUGUCCUUGUGGCAGGUCCCAAGCUAAGGGUAGCAAAGGCCCAAAAGGCCUUUGUGGAGCUUGCGGAUGCAUGUGGAUAUCCUAUAGCAGUAAUGCCUUCUGCCAAGGGACUGGUUCCAGAGCACCAUCCGCACUUCAUUGGGACAUACUGGGGCGCUGUGAGCACCAGCUACUGUGGCGAGAUUGUUGAAUCCGCCGAUGCUUACGUCUUCGUGGGUCCCAUCUUCAACGAUUACAGCUCAGUUGGAUAUUCUUUGCUGAUCAAGAAAGAGAAAUCUGUGAUAGUGGAGCCCAAACGCGUGACUAUUGGUAAUGGGCCUUCACUGGGUUGGGUUUUCAUGGCAGACUUCUUGACUGCUUUGGCCAAGAAGCUGAAGAAGAACAACACAGCUUAUGAGAAUUAUCGUCGAAUAUUUAUCCCUCCUGGCAUUGCUCUGAAACGAGAGAAUAAUGAACCUCUUAGAGUCAACAUACUUUUCAAGUACAUUCAGGAACUGCUAGGUGGAGACACUGCAGUAAUUGCAGAGACGGGGGACUCGUGGUUCAAUUGUCAAAAGCUUCGUCUUCCUGAAAAUUGCGGGUAUGAAUUUCAGAUGCAGUAUGGAUCCAUUGGGUGGUCUGUAGGUGCUACACUCGGUUAUGCUCAGGCUGCGAAAGACAAGCGUGUGAUUGCUUGCAUUGGUGAUGGGAGUUUCCAGGUAACAGCCCAGGAUAUAUCUACAAUGAUUCGAUGUGGGCAAAGGAGCAUUAUAUUCCUCAUCAACAACGGAGGAUAUACUAUUGAAGUAGAGAUUCAUGAUGGGCCAUACAAUGUGAUCAAGAACUGGGACUACACUGGCCUUGUUAAUGCUAUUCAUAAUGGGGAAGGCAAAUGCUGGACUGCCAAGGUAUGCACAGAGGAGCAGCUGGCAGAAGCAAUUUCAACAGCGACAGGAGCGCAUAAAGAUUCACUAUGUUUUAUUGAAGUUUUUGUUCAUAAGGACGACACGAGCAAAGAGCUGCUGGAAUGGGGAUCCCGGGUUUGUUCUGCUAACAGCCGCCCUCCAAAUCCUCAGUAGCACUUUGGAGUUUCUAAGGUUGAAGACUGGAUGACUUGUUAUUUUAGUAUACUCAACUUUGAUCCAAUGCAAUCUCCCACUAUUAUCAGUCUAUAUCGCUGGGAUGUAUUCUCCGAUUAUGAGGGAAAGAUGAUUAUUAGAAGAUAAUAAUGAAAUUGUUUGUGUUAAUAUGUACAGUAGAAUUUGUGUCUCAUAGUUCAUGUUGUUUUGAGCUUGUGACGUGGAUUUUGUUGUAAUAGCAGAGCGUUGUUUUGAGCUUAUGAUGUGGAUUUUGUUGUAAUAGCAGAGCGCAGAUGUCAAACAUGAAUUCAAUGCGAAAAAUGUUUUUGCAGUAAAAUUCCAUAUGAAUAAUACGUCAUGGCUUCGUGGCUUUUUGGUUCA